AUUUCACAGCUGGUUUGUAAUUUGGUAGAUGAGAAUUAAAAAAUGUUUUAGCUGACAUUGGAGGGAACGUAGCUGCUUAAAGGUGGAAAGUUAAUUUCCACCAACCAGAACUCAAAGCCAAAGUUCAGCUCUUCUCUCACAGCCUGACCAUGUCCAUCGACCCGGCGGCCGAGCUGCCUUUCUACUACGGCAGCAUCAGUCGCUCAGACGCCGAGCAGCACCUGAAGCUGGCCGGGAUGGUUGAUGGGAUGUUCCUGCUGCGACAGUGUCUCCGCAGUCUGGGAGGCUAUGUUCUCUCUAUCGCGUUUAACCUGGAGUUUCACCAUUACCCUGUAGACAAGCAGCUUAACGGGACCUACUGCAUCACAGGGGGGAAGCCGCACUGUGGGCCUGCGGAGCUCUGUGAGUUUUACAGCAAAGACCCCGAAGGGCUGGUGUACCUCCUGAGGAAACCCUGUCUGCGCACCGCGGACACUCCAAUACGUCCCGGCGUGUUCGACGGCAUGAGAGAAAACAUGAUGAGGGAGUACGUGAAGCAGACCUGGAACCUGGAGGGAGAAGCGAUGGAGCAGGCCAUCAUCAGUCAAGCUCCUCAGCUGGAGAAACUGAUCGCCACCACGGCCCACGAGAAGAUGCCCUGGUACCACGGUAAAAUCACCCGGCAGGAAGGAGAGAGGCGGCUUUACUCUGGCGCACAGCCCGACGGCAAGUUUCUAGUGAGAGACAGAGAGGAGUCUGGUACUUUUGCUCUCUCCAUGGUGUACGGAAAAACAGUGUAUCACUACCAGAUCCUCCAAGACAAGUCAGGGAAAUACUCCAUGCCAGAGGGAACAAAGUUUGACACAAUCUGGCAGCUGGUUGAAUACCAGAAGAUGAAAGCUGAUGGCCUGAUGACUAAUCUCAGGGAGGCGUGCCUAAAUGGCAAAGCCGCUGCAAAGACUCCUAAUAUUCCUACAACAAGGCGUGCUCCAGCAAAUGGAUACACACCGCCCCCUCAUGCAUCGAAUCUGGCCACCAAUGUGCCUGCAGACCGUGAGGUGCUGCCGAUGGACUGCGAGGUAUUCAACCCGUAUCACAACCCAAAUGAAGUGAGGAAGUUCAACAUCCAGAGGAGUCAGCUGCUGGUCGAUGAAGUGGAGCUCGGCUCAGGGAACUUUGGCUUCGUCAAGAAAGGAGUCUUCAAGACUGAUUUGGGCCAGUUUGAUGUGGCCAUCAAAGUACUAAAGAGUGACAAUGAGAAGCUGGUGAGAGAGGAGAUGAUGAGGGAGGCAGAGAUCAUGCACCAGCUCAACAACCCCUUCAUCGUCCGCAUUCUGGGUCUGUGCAACGCCGAGAACCUGAUGCUGGUCAUGGAGAUGGCCUCUGCCGGGCCUCUCCACAAGUUCCUCUCCGCAAAUAAGGACACAGUCAGCGUGGAGAACAUUGUGAACCUGAUGCACCAGGUGUCGAUGGGAAUGAAGUAUCUGGAGGAGAAGAACUUUGUGCACAGAGACUUAGCGGCUCGUAACGUCCUGCUGGUCAACAAACAGUUUGCCAAAAUCAGUGACUUCGGGCUCUCCAAGGCCCUUGGAGCAGACGACAACUAUUACAAGGCUCGUACUGCAGGUAAAUGGCCUCUGAAGUGGUACGCUCCAGAAUGCAUCAACUUCCACAAAUUCUCCAGUAAAAGCGAUGUGUGGAGUUUUGGUAUCACAAUGUGGGAGGCCUUUUCCUUCGGAGGGAAACCUUACAAGAAAAUGAAAGGCCCAGAGGUGAUGCGCUUCAUUGACAGUGGAAGCCGCAUGGAUUGUCCAGCCGUGUGUCCUGAGCGAAUGUAUACAGUGAUGAAAGAAUGCUGGAUAUACAAGCAUGAGGAGCGUCCUGACUUCAAGAAGGUUGAGGAGUCCAUGAGGUCUUACCAUUACUCCAUAUCGAACAAGGCCACUUCUGAGGGAGCUGCAGCCACGCCUGAGGGAGCUGCAGCCCCUAUCAAGUAGACAGAAACAAGGCACAUUCUGUCCCCAUGCUGCACAAAGCAUCCUUUCAACCGGCCAUUAAAGAUCCCAAACAAUGAACAGUGCACACUGACCAGCUUCAACUGCUGUACCAAUUCAGCUAAACAGGCCUCGAUGAUAAUAAAUGUGCAUUGUAAAUUGGACUUCAGUAGGUCGGCCAUGUAAAAAGGAUCUGUGUCUCCCUGUCUGUCUAUCAUGAUUUGAAUGUUAAGUUUCGACAUCUUUGCAUUGUUGAACAAUUUAAUUUUAUACUGUGGUAUUUUGGAGUAUAAUGGGAGUAUAGUGCGUAUCCAAUUGGUUUUUCACAGUAUCUUUUUUAUGCCAAAUAAUGUAGAAAGAAAUUGCUAGAACAGAAGUCAAUGAUUAAAUCUGUUAACCUGUUACACAUGGUUAAACGUGGAGUUCAUAAUCAGAUAGACCUACAUGCACUUUUGUUUUUUAGAUAUUAUGAAGUAAUACAAUAGAACACAUAACAAUGUAACUAUAUAGUCCUUGAUUACUCUUUCUGCUGACUUGCACAGGGAUGUUCCAGAUGUUUCAACCUAUGGCAGACAUAUAUGGGGAAUAAUGUAUUUGAAACAUGCCUUGUACACAUGUGCAAAGCUCUUCAUCUGGAUCAUCUACAUUGGAAAAGCACUAGACAGGUUUAAUGUAGCCUUGCCUUAAAAUAAUAGAAAAAAUGUAAAUCGUUUCCAGAAUUGUAUGGAGAAACAUAGCAGUUUUAUGAUCAUUUGUACGGUAUCCUUCAAAGUAAAUAAAUAAUCAGUAUAAAUAAAAGGGACAUUAGCAUUAUGGUUUGAAAUACACAUUAAUCUUGAACCAUUUAAACGACUUUAAAGCAGAGUUUCCUGUAUUUUCCUGUCAAUAAUCCAACCAUGAUGUAUUGUGGUUUAUUAUGAUUCUGUUCUCUGCCCCCUUAAGCUGCCAGGCAACAACGAAGGGCACGCGACACCGGAAGUUAAAGGAUUACUCUUCAAAGUAAUGGCGUAAUGUUUUGUCGGAUAGCAUUAGGCAUAAUUAGCAUUAACAACUUUGCAUGUUGCAUUCAAGCGCUGUGUUGAGUGAGAUCUCAAUUGCUUUGAUUAGUAAACAUUGAAUACAACAAUUGAAAGAUGAUCUAUGACGAGUUGAGGCAUUUAGAAUGUACUUGAGUAAAAGUAAAUGGCAAUGUAUUCGACAACAACCAUUAUUAACAUAAAAGUAAGCAAGGGAUUAAUAUGGUUGUAUGACUUCCUAAAUGCAUAAACAAAUAAAUAAUAUUCUUACUAAAAGCCCGAAUUAUGUUUAGAAUAAAUGCUCAAUUAAGGUGGAACACAAAGUUAAGUGUACUGUCGAUAUGGAAAUGAUGGAAAGUUAUUAUUUAUAUAUUAAUGAUUUAUUUUCUCUCUUAAAAAAUAAUGAUUUUCAGUUAAUUUAUGUAAUGCAACCAUGUUGAAUGUGUCCUCGUGUUAAGAGUGGAGUCAUGCCUGUUAUGCUAUCCUUAUUUCGUCAUAAUGACUAAAUGGUUUCAGUCUUUCAACGUCAAAUAUUGUAAGAGUUGAUUUCUACAAUAAAGAGAUUUAACACAAAA